CAGGCAUGCAGCGAACCAGCAUUUAUAUCCAAAUUAGUUACACGAGUGUGUUAAUGAGCGCCGCGAGCAAGCAUUUGCGCGUUUACUCUAUCUGGAUUAUUCGCGAUAACAUAAAAGACAGACGCUGUUCACUUAAACCGUCACAGUUUAAUCCGAGUCGCCGGCAUUAGAUCAUCCAGACAACGGUCCCAAUCAUGGCUUCGAAAAUCCCGAAUGCCAUUUUCAAUAAUGGCAACAGCAUUCCGAUGAUCGGUCUCGGAACAUGGGGUUCUCCAGGUGGUGGUCAGGUGGCCCAAGCCGUGAAGGAUGCAAUUGAUAUCGGUUAUAGACACAUCGAUUGUGCAAUGGCCUAUCAAAAUGAGCAUGAAGUAGGUGAAGGAGUUACUGCCAAAAUUAAGGAAGGAGUGAUAAAGAGAGAGGAUAUUUUCAUUACGAGCAAAUUGUGGAACACCUUCCAUCGUCCAGAUUUGGUCGAGGGUGCUCUGAGGACCACUUUGAAUAGUCUCAUGUUGGAUUAUUUGGAUCUGUAUCUGAUUCACUGGCCCGUGGGAUAUAAGGAAGGCGUUGAGCUCUUCCCCUAUGGACCGGAUGGCAAAACCUAUAUCUUCUCCGAUGUUGAUUAUGUGGAAACUUGGAAGGCAAUGGAGAAGCUUGUUGGUCUCGGAUUGGUGAAGAAUAUAGGUCUUUCUAAUUUCAACAUCAAGCAGGUUCAACGUGUGCUGGACAUUGCCAGAAUAAAACCGGUCACGAACCAAAUUGAAAAUCAUCCAUAUCUCAACCAAGCGAAGCUAACAGCUUUCUGUGCUGAUAAGGGCAUUAUCGUGACCGCAUACAGUCCGCUGGGUUCACCGACCAGGCCAUGGGUGACAAAAGAUGAUAUCGUUCUGAUGGAGGAUGGGACAGUGCAUGCGGUCGCGAAAAAAUAUGCCAAGGAUCCGGCGCAAAUCUUGAUUCGCUAUCAGAUCCAACUGGGACACGUUGUGAUCCCGAAGUCGGUAACCAGAUCUAGGAUCGUUUCCAACUUCGACGUUUUUAGCUUCUCGCUGGAUGCAAGCGAUAUGAAGCAAUUGGCUGGGUUGGAACGUAACGAACGUAUUUCUCCCGAGUUUGGAGCCUACGGCCAUCCGCAUCAUCCGUUUGAGAAGGAGGAAUAAUUGGCGUCAUUUACGGCUAAUAGUGGAUUUGAAGAAAAGCGUUAUUGAGUUACGGACAGAAUGAUUAGCAGACUUGUGUUAAUUCAUCAGUUUGCUAAUAAAAACAUACGAUGAUAAUCACCUUA